ACAGGGAUAUUUUGUUCAAAUUUCAUCGUAGUCACACUUCUGCUUUUAUUUAGUAAAAAUUUGCAAAUUAUGCCAAAUUUAUAAAAUGAAUAGCAGAAAAUCCGAAGCUUCGUACAAUACGCCGAUAAAAAUCGCUUUUGGCCAAAAUAACAGAAGGGGAAGGUUCGAACUAAGAAGCGACCAGCUUAAAGAGAUCUCAGCCGCGUUUAACCUGCUGGAUUCCAACAAUACCGGCAGAAUCGACUACCACGAACUCAAGGUCGCCAUGAGAGCGCUCGGGUUCGAGGUGAAGAAGCAGGAGGUCCUGGACCUCAUAGCAAAGUACGACAAGACGAACUCUGGGAACAUUGACUUUGAGAACUUUAAGGAUAUAAUGACCAAAAAGUUUUACGAACGCGAUCCAAUGGACGAAAUUAACAGGGCGUUUGACCUGUUUGACGAGGACAAAAAGGGUAAAAUUGUCUUUAACGAUCUCAAGAGGGUCUCAAGGGAACUGGGCCAUGACUUGUCUGACGAGGACCUGCGCGCAAUGAUUGAAGAGUUUGAUAACGAUAGAGAUGGAGCCAUAUCCAAGGAAGACUUUGUCGGAAUAAUGAGACAGACCACUUUGUACUAAUAUUCAGCAUACCCAGUAGCAUUGAAACACUUGAUGUUUAAAAAUCUUCCCAGUUGGGCAUAAUUUGGAGAAAUUUCUCCCUAAAUUUCCAUUUUAAAUCUUGAAUUUCC